CAGAAGUUCAAAAAAUACAUUGCAUACAUCAUUAACAGGAUUUAGCGUUCAUCUGCAGGCUAGACGUGGAUGUGGCAGAAACUCGUCUUCAGUGUUCAUCUAUCAUGGAGCCAUCGGCUUGGAGGGACGCCUCAACAAGAAAUCUGACCCAUGAUUCGGACUCAGUUAACCAGACCUACUUCUCCUGCUACCACCCCCUGGUGGUGGAAUACCGCUACUUUGCCGUGCUGUGGGGGUGCCUGGUCACGAUCACUGGCACAGUGGGGAACCUGAUGACCGUCCUGGCCUUCGCCACUGACCCGUGCAUCCGGACCCGCUUCAACGUGCUGAUCGUCAACCUGGCGCUGGCCGACCUGCUGUACUGCGCGCUGCUGCAGCCCGUCACCACCGACUCCUACCUGCACCUGCGGUGGCGAGGCGGCGCGCUGGGCUGCCGGGCCUUCGGCCUGCUCCUCUUCGUCUCCAACGCCGUGUCCAUCCUGACGCUCUGCCUGAUUGCCGUGAGCCGCUACCUCCUGGUGCAGCGGAGGUCCACCUUCGAGCGGCUCUUCUCCGCCCGCGGCCUGCUGCUCCUGCUGCCCUCCACCUGGGCCCUGGGCCUGGCCAGCUUCAGCCCGCUCUGGCCCGUGUACGUCUUCGUGCCUCUGGUCUGCACCUGCAGCUUCCACCGGACGCGGGGCCGCCCCUACACCACCAUCCUGCUCUUCCUCUACUUCUUCGCGGGGCUUUUCUGCGUGGGCGUCUUCUACCUGCUGAUCUACCGGAGGGUCCGCCUGGCGGCCCGGGCCGUCCUCCGCCACCGGCCCAGCCGACGCUCCUCCAGGAAGAGGGUCGCUCCGGCGGCCGGCACGGAGGACGACAGCGGCGUCAGCAGCGGGGGUGGGGCCCCCACGUGCACCAGUGAGGUCGACAGCCAGGGGGAACCGCCCGCACACAGGGCCGGAGCCACGUGGUACAAGGAGCCGGGGGAACCACAGCCGACUCGCUCUGCCCUGGACUCGCACACGGCCAGGGCAAGGGCCUCCCCAGAGGAGUCGGCCACAACCCCGUCAGCCACCACCCCUCCGGCUUUGACCCCACCAUCUACGACCCCGCCACCAACGUCCCUUCCGUCCACCUCCCCUCCAUCUAAGACCCCUCCGUCCACCUCCCCUCCGUCUAAGACCCUUCCGUCCACCUCCCCUCCAUCUAAGACCCCUCCGUCCACCUCCCCUCCGUCUACGACCCCUCCAUCCACGACCCCCCCCCAUGCGACCCAGAGCUCCGGGGGCGACGAGUUGAAGCGGGUGACCCGAAUGUGUUUCGCCGUCUUCCUGUGCUUCGUGUUCUGCUUCGUCCCGUUCCUGCUGCUGAACCUGGCCGACCAGAGGGGCCGCGCUCCGCAGAUCCUCCACAUGUUCUGCGCCAACCUGACCUGGCUCAACAGCUGCAUCAACCCGCUGCUCUACGCAGUGAUGAACCCCCAGUUCCGCCGGUCCUACCACCUGCUGCUCACCAGGGCCUUCUCGCCCCUGGGCCGUCUCUGGAGGGCCCUGAGGAACAGGUCGGCCUCCUGCUAGUCCUCCAUGUCCGUAGACUAACUCUCCAUGAAGCGCUGAAGACAGACCGCUACAGACAGACCGCUACAGACAACCUCGCCUUUUAAUGGUGCAGCUCUGCCAUUUCAUCUUCACAGUUCUCGUUUCCUGCUGCUUGACCGCUAACUGCUACUGCUUCUCCCGCCAAAGUAGCCUAAAGGGAAGGAGCUAACGUUAUGGAACACACCCAUAGGCGUUCCUAAAGGGCCAAACUCCAACAGCCGGUCAAUGCAAUUACCGGUAUGGAACAGCUGGUCAGAACGGCAACAAUAAUGGACCGGUUUAAAGGGACUCUUACCUUUGUUGCAUUUUUACACUUUUUUUGGAUAAGGUUAAAUUGGUAUUAAUAAGGUAAUAACACUCUAAUAUGCAAGACAGACCCACCAGGAGUAAAAACAAACAAUUAUUUUACUCUCAUAAUAUUUAGUGAAAACUUCAACCAAUAAAAUUCUUCGGACCGAAUGACCUUAUUGGCCGACA